UGAAUACUGUGUUGGAUAGAUAAUAGUUUCUUGCCUUCAGUUUCAGUGGCGAGCCAAUAAUCCCCAAGGGUUUGCCUGCCUUAGAUGCACAGCACAGCAGGGUUGCUUAGGAAACAUGCAAAGACCUACAACAGAAGAUUUAUUUAGAUAUAUUACUGCACCCUUAUAUUCAGUCUGCCGCGCAUUGGCACAGCAAUGUGAGGCACAUGGCUAUUUAGAUGUGCAUUGAAGGACUAGCCCUAGUCGUAUCGGACCACACAGCUACAAUCAAGAACCAAGAGACAUUGCAUUCUAAAGCCAUGCAGCUGUCCAGCACACCCCAACUGAAAACUGUACACAUUCCCAAGUCAAUGAGGGCUGCCCCCUUUCUGCAGCACCCGGACUUGACUACAGGACAGAAGAGGUAUCUGUGCAGCAUUGCCAAUGUCUACAGCACAGAACACUUGCGCACACAGAUAAGGAGGCAGUAUCUGAACAUGCUGCAGCACUGCAUGCAAACAGGCUCCAUCAUGUCAUGUGAAAAUUCAAACUCCAGUGCCAAAGUGCUGCUCCACCAGCAGACCCUGUCCCAAGUGGGCAAGAGGACUGAACCUCUCCGAAAUAGCAAGCUCAUACCAGGGGGUCACAGACAAACCCACACUGGGAACAUUAUUCUCCCCAGCAUAAUAGAUGGAGGACACAGGGUGCAGUCCAGCGUGCCAGCCUCCAACCAGAGAAGAACCAGCAAAGCAAAGACAAAGAUAGGGACACAAAGGAAGUGUCUGACAGGUACCAAGGUUAAACUUGACCGUGUAAGAAAGGAACAAAAGCACGAAGAGGAGUCGUUGGUGCAAACCAUAAGCUCUUUAUCUAUUGAAGAGGAGCAGGGAAAAUCUGACAGCCUGUCAGCGGAAUUCUACAAUUACAAAUCAACAAAGCCACAUUAACAAAGCUCAUUACAGGAGGCAGUCAUUUUGUUGUUAGUGCACGGCCGUACUGAUGUCUUAUUUAUAAUUUUUUGUAUUCAUCUGCUUGGUGCAAGUAGUUCCUUAAAAGUUCAUUCAUUUCCUUUGUUCUCCUAAAUGGAGAGUAGGGAUAUUACUUCAUGUCAAUGAUAGCACUAUGUAACACAAUUUUUGUUCCUGGGUAGUAAGUGUUAUUUCCUAAUUGAUUAUGCCUCAAAAGUAUAG